AUGGAUGUCAAGAAGAAGCACGAGAUCGAGGCUGCUCUUGCCACCGAGGCCCAGGCCAUUUCAGCCGGCCAGCUCAAGGAAGAGAAUCCGCACGAUCUCAGUGAUGAGUUCAGGGCCUUUUGCGAAGCCUGCAGAAGAGGCGACCUGAAAGUCUGCCAGGAAAUGAUCAGUACGGGCGUGAACAUCAACUCGAGAGACAGUUACGAUUAUACCCCACUAAUCUUGGCUAGUCUUUGUGGACACUACGAAGUCAUCCAGUUACUGCUUGAAAACGGGGCACUGUGCGAGCGUGAUACUUUUCAAGGCGAGCGAUGUCUCUACAACGCCCUCAACGAUCGCAUACGGAACCUCCUACUCUCCUACGACUACGCCAAGUCUAGCAAUCCCCUUCAACCGCUAGCCGCGCACAUCACAUCGCUUCUGACAAGAACCGCGCCAAAGACUACCGAUAUUACCAUCACCGCCUACCAUCAGACUUUCCACCUCCACAAAUUCCUCCUCGCCGCACGAUCACCCUACUUUGCAAAGAAGCUAGCCGUAGCUCCUGCGACUGCAUCCUGGAAGCUCCCCCACAGCAUACCUGCAGAAUCUCUUGGUGUCGCGUUACAAUAUCUGUACUUUCAAGAAGUCUCCAUACGACGAGCCUUGUUUGGCUUGAGCGAUGAGCAAGAGCUGGUGGUCCUCAACGGCAUCGAUAAGAUCGGCAAACAGCUCGAAAUCGAGAGGCUGUUUGAAGAUAUCACAGAGGUCUCGGAUCGACGGCUACUUCGUCAGCGAAGGGCAGAAGAGCUGGAACGCGGGCGUGAUCAAUUGGAGCAAUGGUUCAAGGAAAAUGUGCUUCGACACAAGCGAGUCGUAGACACCGACAAAGUGGACAAUAUACAAUGGGACAGAGAAAAUUCCAUCUUUGCGGACAUAUUACUACGAGCAGAUGCCGAUGAUGAGGUGGAUGCUGCAGCAAACGGCGACCACACCGAUCAGCCAUCCGACGCCUCCAAACCCAUACGAAAUACCCCAGGGCCACUCCUAGGAAUACCUGUCGGGCCAGUACGAUCGCGUUCACCCUCACGCAAACGCGCCCCUCGCAAAUCUACAGUCUUUCCCGCACAUCGCGCCAUGCUUCUUCGUUCAGAAUACUUCCUCACCAUGUUCAGCUCGCAAUUCAAAGAAGCACAAGAGACCCCCCACCUUCAAGUUGUAACCAUUGACUGUUCGCCCGCCGUCUUAGAAACAAUCCUCACGUUCUUGUAUACCGAGCGCGCAGAAUUUGGCCUCGAUAUAGCAAUCGAUGUGCUCUUCGCCGCAGAUCAGCUCUGGAUCGAGAAGCUCAAGCAACGCGCUGCCAUCAUCAUCUCAGCGCUCGGUAACGGGUCAACAUCAGCUGUCGAGGCAGACAAUUCCCGCGGUGCGACAGAUGCAGAUGAGGCUGUGGACAUUUACGAGGUUAUACGCGCAGGAUGGGAUACGCGCGUUCAACGGCUAGAAGAAUUUGCUGCGCGCUACAUCGCCUAUAGACUGGAGCACUAUAUUGACCAACCCGAGUUCGCAGAGCUAGUACAAGAGUCUGCCAACAGAGUCAAGGCGCGUCAGGAAACCGACACGGUCGAACUCGUCGAUGAUAUCCGAUACUAUCUCUCUGAGCGAUUCAGACUUCGCUUCGAAGACAGCGGGCUAGACGAGAUGAUGGAUGAAAAUGCGGCGCUCAAGGCUUCUCGAGCUGAUCUCGCGGAUCAGAUGGGCGAGUUGGAGCUCAAUGCAGAAGCAGAAGACCGUGUGCCGAUUGAGCAACAAUUAGCCUCUGGAGCUGUGGUCGAUCUGGAUGGAAAGCCAGUUGGAGACGAAUUCAUGCAAGAUGCGAUGAAUUAUCAGAUCUUGCUGGGAAAGAUUGACGCAUUACUUGAGAGGCUCAAUCUUGAUGCGUAG